AUGCCUGCUGCCUUGCCGCCGCAUGCCACGCCUGCCGAGGUCGAUCAGAGUGCCUUGCCGCAAGUGCCGCCUUUGCCUUGCGAUGCAACCAUGACAGGCAACGCCCACGCUACUGCCUUUUCUGCCGAGCGUGUUUUGCCUGCAUUGCCGUGCUUUUCUGCGACUGCUGCCUCUGCCGCUGCUUCGCGAUUCACACCCAACACGACCGACAUCUACCAAUCUUGCCCUCUUUCCCUUCGGGGAAAUGUGGAGGGCGCCCGGACUCUCUUUGAGUCCGGGCAGGGUAACCGGGAUCAGUUGAUUACGCUCCCGGUACCUUCUCCUGCCCCUGGCGGUUCCAUACCAGGGCUCGAUAUGUCAGAUGAGACUGCACGGAAGAUCGCCAACGAUAUUGGUGCGAUUGUGCAAAGUAUCGAUGAAACCCGAUCCGAUCUUGACAUCUUGAGGAACGGGGUUUUUGACGUUGCUGCUGAGUUCGAUAACAAGAUCGAUCAACUCUGUGCUCGAUUUCACGCAGAGCUUGAUCGGUUGAACCAAGAGUAUUAUCGAACUUACGAUAGAUUUCAGGAUAGGAACGCUGCAGAUCAGGAAGCUCUUCACGAUCGAUUUGAACAGUUGAAGAGCAUCUUGAAUGAUAAGAUUCGUGAGUUUGAUGAGCGGAUCUUUAACCUCAAUGAGAGUAGAGCCGAUUUCAUAUCUCUCAAACUGCAGCGAACGAUAAGUGAGAUUCAUCGAUACCCUGAGAGUCUCCAACAGCUGCAGAUUGGUGUAUCCAACUGCGAAGCACGCAUAGGAUUCAGUAUCUCGAGGGACUCAUGCGAGUUCCCUACGCUGGAGAGCCCAUGCGCGAUGAUCUUCGCCGGGACUCUCGAUCGCACCGAUCUGAGCGAUCAACCCCGUCACGCACUGAAGGAGUGCAAUUCUAUGAUUCUAUGA